CCAGCUGCGCUUGCGAUGUGGAGAGGGCCGUGCAUUCGCGCGAGCGUGGGUGCGAGCAUGCUGGCAUCGACCAACAAGUGAUGCGCUGUAUCGAGUUCGCCGUCCAUCGCAGGCUGAGAUUGAGCUUUUGUGGUGGCGACUCGGUUGGCUCUUCUUCGCAGGCGCCCCGGUUGGCUCUUCUUCGCACGCGCCCUCCCUCUCGCCCCCUCAUCUUUGCCACCAGCGUGCGUCUCUGCGUUGGUGUCUGCGCUGUGAGAGCCAGCCAACACGCCAAGCGACUAAAAUUUGGACUCCCUCUGCCCUUUGACUGUUCGUGGGGCGCGACGGCGUUCGCAGGCGUCCUCCUCCGCGGGGACACACGGACGCCGACGUGGAUGGGCACUGAGGCAGAGCGAGCCUUGGUGCGUGGCCUGUGGCCUGGCCUGGACUCACUCGGCGCCUUGACGGACUUGGCCCACGCUCUCUUUUGAAAGCAGCGCAAGAACAAGAUCAACGACCUUGAAAAGCCAAAACGGGCGCAUCAAUCCUUCUUACCUACCUCCCCACUACCAUUCACCCAGGCACC